AUGGCGGCCUCAAUUGAUCCAUUGGUGGUAGGGAGAGUAAUAGGGGAUGUGGUAGACAUGUUUGUGCCAAGUGUCACUAUGAAUGUCUACUUUGGUUCCAAACAUGUCACUAAUGGUUGUGACAUCAAGCCUUCUAUUGCCUCUAAUCCUCCUAGAGUCACCAUCUCUGGUCAUCCUCAUCAACUCUACACUCUGGUGAUGACUGAUCCUGAUGCACCAAGUCCCAGUGAACCCUCCAUGCGUGAAUGGGUGCAUUGGAUUGUGACAGAUAUUCCUGGUGGUACCGGUCCUACUCAAGGUAACAAAAUCUCUCAUGAGCUACUCUUCGCUCUUAAUAUCGAUCUCUUACUCACUGUAGUUGUUCUUCAUCGGACUCGAAUUCGAUCUUUCUCACUCUAG